GGCGCGAGCUCUCUCUUUCGAAACCGUUGGCGGCCGGCGGCGGUUUGUUUGUUUUUUCAGCAGAGAGGAUGGCGCGAGUCCGCGCAGCUGAGGUGAGGGGAGGCUGUAUCCUAGCAACGCAGGAGAGCGGGAGGGGAACUGCCAAUCCUGCGCCGUUUUCUAGAUUUUGGGCGGGAAAAGGGGGCUUUGCCCCCACCUCGCUCUCCUGUGACGGACUGAGCGCGGGGCGAAUGGGAUCCCUUUCUUCUCAGCCUCUCCCCGCCUCCCCUUACCAAUCUCGUUUUUCCACGCCGUUCGCUUUAAGGGUGCCUCUGAGCACGUGCAGAGUGAAUUUACCUCAGCGUUACCCGGCACAUUGGAAAUUAAGGGGGAUAGGGAGGGAAAGGAGACAGAAGGCAAAAAUUGUUCAGUGUUAAUGCGCCCCUCACAGGCUUGUGGGACCUAUAUUUAUAUGUAAUAAAUAAAUAAUGUGUGUGUGUAUAAUAUUAUUAUAAAUAAAUUAUAAUAUAUAUAUAUAUAUAUAUAUAUAUACACACACAUAUAUAUAUGUAUAUAUAAUAUAUAUAUAAUACACACACACACACACACACACACACAUAUAUAUAAUAUAAUAUAUAUAAUAUAUAUAUAUAUAUAUAAUACACACACACACACACACAUAUAUAUAUAUAUAUAUAUAAUUUAUUUUUUUAUUUAUUACAUUUGUCGGUCGCUUUAUAUUGUCCAAGGCGACCCAGAGUGAUUUGCAAGUAAACAGAUAAACAAAAACCCACGUAAGGAACCUAAAAACCAAGUUGGAGAUGCAUUAAAAGCACCCGAUUUAUAAGAUUGUAACUCCCAAGACCCACAAAUUAUUGGCGCUUCUAGGAAAGCAGAAACUAAGGAGGUUGCCCAAGGCAUGACCUCCAGGAGGAUGGUGGCCAAAAACAAAACAAGAACCCUUUGGUAAAGGGAUUUAUUUCUGCUAUAACCAUUUCUGCGGGAACUGCUAUUACUGUAUUAUUAAUUGUUAUUAUUGCAGCAUUUUCUAUUGUGCUCUUGGGUAGAAUUCUCCAGGGAGGUUUACAUGUAAAAGAGCAAACCCACAAAAAAACAAUUAAAGCAUUUAAUAUUAAAGUCAGGGUUGGGGUAGUUAUAUGAAAUACAUGAUACAGUAUGCGGGUGCUCAGUUUUAUAUAUCAUUAACACAAUCCACUCCAUGCCUUCAACACAGAUUUAUGGCUCGUGCAGGAGGAAUAGUCAGGGGAAAUACUGAAUCCAUAAUAAUAAUAAUAAUAAUAAAGCAUACAAAGGUGGAAAGUGGGAGACCCAAGAGCUUUAUUACUUUCAAGGUGAGGGGAAGUGAUCUAGGGAAGGUUGGCAGGAUAGCUUAUUCCAUGGUCUUAACCCCAUCAUCCAUUAAUUAGCCUUAAGGGUGAAGCUCAACAUCAAAAAAACGAAGGUAAUGGCCACUGGGCCCAUCACCUCCUGGCAAACAGAAGUGGAAGAAAUGGAGGCAGUGAGAGAUUUUACUUUCUUCAGCUCCAUGAUCACUGCAGAUGGCGACAGCAGCCAUGAAAUUAAGAGACGCCUGCUACUUGGGAGAAAAGCAAUGACAAACCUAGACAGCAUCUUAAAAAGCAGAGACAUCACCUUGCCAACAAAGGUCCGUAUAGUAAAAGCUCUGGUUUUCCCAGUAGUGAUGUAUGGAAGUGAGAGCUGGACCAUAAAGAAGGCUGAUCGCCGGAGAAUGGAUGCUUUUGAAUUCUGGUGCUGGAGGAGACUCUGGAGAGUCCCAUGGACUGCAAGAAGAUCAAACCUCUCCAUUCUGAAGGAAAUCAGCCCUGAGUGCUCACUGGAAGGACAGAUCCUGAAGCCGAGACUCCUUCAUGAGAGUCCACCUCAUGAGAAGAGAAGACUCCCUGGAAAAGACCCUGAUGUUGGGAAAGAUGGAGGGCACAAGGAGAAGGGGACGACAGAGGACGAGGUGGUGGGACAGUGUUCUCGAAGCUACCAGCAUGAGUUUGACCAAACUGCGGGAGGCAGUGGAAGACAGGAGUGCCUGGCGUGCUCUGGUCCAGGGGGUCACGAAGAGUCGGAGACAACUAAACGACUAAACAACAACAACAAAUGUUGGUUAUAUGAGGCUGGAUAUAUCCCAGCCCUUCGUGGCCUCGUCUCUCUACUCUUAUAUCCCCUUUCAGUGCCACCAAUUACAUUUGGAGGGUGGCCACUUACGCAAUGCCAAAUAAAAAUAGGACAAGGGCACGCGUAACAUUUGCACAUGGCCAUUUAAAUGUACAGUUGCAACAUCUGAAAGUCGACAGUAUAAUUAAAUGGAGAAACUGUAACCUUUUAUCCUAGUGGGGGCAACUUGGGUGAGUGACCCAAGGAACCUGUUUGUUCUGCUGUCCAGCUGUCUGCAACUUCAAGGCACAUGGCGAUCUUCCUUCUUAGGGUUCUUUAUCUUUACCAGGCAUGGCCAAACUCGGCCAUCCAGAUGUUUAGGGACUACAAUUCCCAUCAUCCCUGACCACUGGUCCUGUUAGCUAGGGAUGAUGGGAGCUGUAGUCCCAAAACAGCUGGAUGGCCAAGUUUGGCCAUGCCUGCUUUAAACCAAACAGUGCUUCAUAUAUUAUUAUUAAUUAAAUUUCUUAAUUGCUUUAGCCCAGGGCAACCCAAAGUAACUUACAACCAAGCAGGCAAUAAACCCCACAUAGAUACAUUAAAACCGAUAUAGAGGACAGUUCUCUGUAAAGUAGACCCCAUGGCCACCCUAAAUCUUUGCUCCAUCACCCUCUGAUGCCUGGAACUGCCUCACCCACCACCCUGUGAUGACACUGUGUCCUUAUUUUCAGCUUAAAUGCUGGAGGAUAUGUCACUAGACUAAAUGUCACAAUAAAGGUAGAUAUGUAAAAAAAAACCCCACAAUUCUGCUCAAGGCAUUUAGCUGGACAGGUUGCAAUCCUAAUUUUAGUGGAUGGCAGCCAGUUAUCUGUAGCCUUUCAUGAUACAUUUCCUGGCCAGCCAGAAUGAACAAUAGUCAUGAAGCAGCUAUACAGGUAUCGACAAUUUAUUAGACGUGUGGGAUGGAGAAGUUGAUUUGUACCCCGAGGUGUCGUGUGUGCAGUAAGUGGGCUGAUGCUGUAAAAUCUUGCAAUGCAGGCAAACGAGUUCGACUCAUCGGACGAAGAACCCUCAGAGGAAGAACAGGUACCCUUUCAAGUAUCCUGGUAGGUCCAAAUUUCCUCAGGGGACCCCUUCCAGAAUUCCUUUGGAGCAGCUUAGUAUUCUGGCCACUAGCCACAUUUCACAGCUUGCUUAAUUUUCUUCAUAUGGGGUGUUAGGGGAGGGGUAGUUGUGCUCAUUCUGGGGCAGUUUGUCCACCUUUAAUCCCCUGCACCCUGCACUCGGCUCUUGCCUGUGGCUCCUGGAAACUGGCAGUAUGCAACAGCAGCCACACACCAGGAACAGCUUCGACUGGCCGGCUAAACCAGGUGACGGUAGUCGAUGGGUCUCAAACCCACAGUGAGUUAGGGACUUCCCCUCCAUGCGAAGACAGGCUCUGGCAGAUUGAGCGGACGAGACCAGGAGUGGGUUUCUGCACAUGCUGCAGAGGGAAGUGAGGGGCAGAUGGGGUUCAUUAUUCUGUGAAAGUAGCCCAUAUAAGAUAAGGAAAACACUGAUCCUAAUCCUCUGCUGCCUUAUGGGAUAUCUUCGGGAGAAGAAAAGGCUAAGGAGUAAACCCUACACAAACCCAGAAUGGAGUCCCCAGGAAACCUUGCACGCCUCCUUCCAGCAACUCCUGCAGCCAAGCUGGUGCCAAACAUUUUGCUCCGUUUUCCUUUGGACCACAUCAGUGAGUCUGGGGUGUGUGUCUUGUUGUCCAUACACACCGCCCAGGCCUGCACCUCAGAGAGGACACUUCGGUACUGCUAAUGAAUUCACCCCGAGGCACACACCAUUGUCUCUUGAGACAGACAGAUGCCAACAACAACAAGUUGGGGCGGGUGUGUUAUUCUGCUUUAGCUCGUUCUGUGAUGCUUCCUCAAUUUGUUGUUGGUAUUCAUCUGUCUCGGGAGACAAUGGAGGAGUGCGCCUUUGAGGGUGAAGUCAAAUGGUUGGAGAGUUACAGCAACUGCUGUGGCUGUAGAGACUGAUGCGGGAGAGACAUGUUUUGUUGCAGCUGGGGCAGAGGAAGGCAGCCGGUUGCACUGCUGCAGAUGCACCAUGGCGUUUCUUCUUGCAGCAUUCCUCCCUGCAGUUUAUUCCUCCUCUUGUCAACCUGGUUUCCCCAAUCCUUCCACAUUAUUGCAAAACAAUACUGGGACAGAGAUCAGCUAAAACUUCUGGGAUAUAAAACAUUACAGGAUUUCAUGUUGUGUGAUAUGCACUGGCUGUAAAUGAAGCAGUGUAACCGUCCCCAGAACUGUUGCAGGCUCAAACAGUGUUGAAAAUGGGGUCACAUGUAACCAUCCUGAUAGCAUCAUGAGCACAAACUAUGCAUGUGCAAUGAAAAGGACAUCUAGAGAAGUUGUGAGCUAGAUUUGAAACUCCCCUCCUGCCGACGAUGUAGCAGACCUGUAGUUGUAAAGAGAGCUUGCUGAUUGCAAAUUUAAAUGCCAUUGUAAAGGUUUUUAACUUUCUUUCUUGCUUUCUGUAGGUUAGCCCUAUCACCAACCUAUUCCCAAUUUCUUGGAAUUUGCUCACUACCAGGUAUGCAAUAACAGCUUAAAAACUGAUUUAAAAGCUCAUUCAUUUGAUGGGGGGGAAAUCUUAACUUACCCCACCCCACAUUAAUCUGCCUAUGUCACUACAUGUGAGGUAAAAUGAAACAUAACUGAAUAAGGUGGCCUGUUGGUGGUAAAUAGACAUAGAUGUCUUGUAUUUAACAAAUACUUGUUAUAUUUCUAGCAGUACUUGAUAUGUUCUUUCAUGCAUCCACACUGCAUCAUUUUAGGUUGCCGAUUCAAAAGUAUUAGAAGAAGCCUUCAGAAAGAUAUAGGUAAUUAUAUAUCAGUGCCCUGGGGAUCUUUCAGCCUUCCUUCAACGCCUGGUUGCUCCAUGUUUACCUUUUCUUAUGCCUUGCAACUGGCAUAGGAUUCUGGGAUAAGCACUUUUGGUGUUCUUAAUUUUCCUUUUCCCCUUCUUUGUGUAACAUCUUUCCUGAUAAAAGGUUCCAGAAGAGACAUUUCCUCUUCCCUUUCACUUGAGAGAAUAGCUCUUAAGAUGGCAUUUGCCACCUGCAGUUUGUAUAACGCUAUUGCUUUAAGAAUGAUUUAAGAUUUUUAUUUUAAAUGAAUUGUUUUUACAUUUUAAUUUUAAAAAUUACAAUUAAAAAAUGAUUUAAGAAUUUUAAGAAUUUAGCGUCUAAUUGGGGGACACCUUUUUACUGAUCAUUUUUUUAAAAAUUAGUUAAUCAAAAAAUUAUUAAAUGUUGCUGCUCUCCUUGGUACAUUUAUUUUCCUUGUAUCCUGAGCAGAGCACUAAUUCCACCCUGGCAGAGUAUCAAAUUCCAGGGCAGUGCUGCAAUUUCAGUUGCUAAAAUUAGGCAAGCUUUAUUAGGCGAGCAACCGUGGUUUGCCUAAUAAUCAGGUCAUGGAACACACAAAUUCCGUGUUGUAAAGUCAAUUUGAAUUGUUUUCUGAGUUAGGAUUCACAAGGCUUUUAUGGCUUCGUGUAGCAUUUUAACAAGGCGAACAGCUUCGUUCCUUUGCAGAUGAACUGAAGAGCUAUGGGGUGCAGGAUGUCUUUGUCCUCUGUACCAGAGGAGAGCUUGCAAAGUACCGUGUCCCACACCUCCUAGAGGCAUAUCAGAGCCAAGGGAUUGCUGUGCACCAUCACCCUAUACCUGAUGGAGACACUCCAGACAUAGCCAAAUGCUGCCUGAUUCUAAAGGAACUGAGGAGCUGCCUCGAAGGCGACCGGAAAACCUUAAUACAGUGAGUUCCAGUGCGCCAUGUCUUUUGUCCUCUCUCCACAAGUAAAGAUGGUCACAACCUGCAUACAUCCACCUUAGUUUCCUGCUAACACCAGCUUCUGCCACCCCCUUGAAUGUUGCCACCAUUCCCGUGUAGGUAGGACAAAAUAAAAUGCAGAUGUGCCGCAUCCUAGAGAAUCUUCCUAAAUCAAGAAAAUCCUACAACUGAAUGCUUUAGGGCAUGAGUAGGCAAACUAAGGCCCGGGGACGGAUCCGGCCCAAUCGCCUUCUAAAUCCGGCCCGUGGAUGGUCCAGGAAUUAGCGUGUUUUUACAUGAGUAGAAUGUGUGCUUUCAUUUAAAAUACAUCUCUGGGUUAGUUGUGGGGCAUAGGAAUUCGUUUUUUAAAAAAAUCGUCUGGCCCCCCACAAGGUCUGACGUACAGUGGACUGGCCCCCUGCUGAAAAAGUUUGCUGACCCCUGCUUUAGGGAAAAGUGCAAGAAGAAUUCUCAGGGAUGAUUCACACCCUGGCCAGCACCUCUUUAAUCUUCUACCCUCAGGCAGGAGAUAUAGAAGUAUAAUCAGUCGUACCAACAGGCUAAAAAACAGUUUCUAUCCAUGGAGUGUUAGGCUGCUGAACAGAAAAUAAUAUAGUGCAACUGACUUUUGAGGUUGGUGUGUUGUGCGACAAGCACACAGAGUGCAAUGAGAUUGAGUGGGGGGGGAGAGGCUCAGUUAAUUUCAUUGUACACAGGUUGUACAUUGACAAUAAAGGUUUAUUAUUAUUAUUAUUAUUAUUAUUAUCAGUGAGCUUGCGAAGUCAGAAUGAGAAGGAAGAUGUGUGUCAUUCCCAAGAUUUGAUUUUAGACUUCUAGUAAUUAUAUUUUAUCCUGCCUUUGCUCUAAGAAGCUUCUUCUUCUUCUUCUUUGAUGAAAUCCAGCAUCGCCUGAGCUCUGCAAGUGCGGCUUUCUCCCGAUUGAAGUGCAGAGUGUAAGAAGCUUAAAGGCAGCAUUCAAAAGAUUUCCAGCAUUCUCCCAUGCAGCACCCAGAUUCGCUUAGCUUAAAAAAAUGGUGCCACAGAGAAGCUUCUGUCCUAUGCAACAAUAAGAGUUCAUUAUAAGAAAACUGGAGAGUCCUUAUACAGUCAUCGUAGGCUAGGACUGGGUUUUUGAAGGGGAGCUCAAGAAACAUAGAGCUACACGGAGCCCUGAACAAGCCUACGUCAGGGCAGCUUUCCCCAACCUGACACUGAUGAAAGUCAAAUGCCCAAACAUCUGAACUGUACCAGGUUUGGGGUGGCUGUGUUAAGGAUAUUGCCUCUCAAUAUCAGAUUGGAAACCUUUUUCUGGAACAAGACAGAGCUGGUUCGUUGUGACUCUUGAUACUAUCACAAUGUACAGUGGUACCUCGGGUUAAGUACUUAAAUCGUUCCGGAGGUCCGUUCUUAACCUGAAACUGUUCUUAACCUGAAGCACCACUUUAGCUAAUGGGGCCUCCUGCUGCCGCCCCAUGAUUUCUGUUCUCAUCCUGAAGCAAAGUUCUUAACCUGAAGCACUAUUUCUGGGUUAGCGGAGUCUGUAACCUGAAGCGUAUGUAACCUGAAGCGUAUGUAACCCAAGGUACCACUGUACGUGUUCUGUUUUUGAAAAAAAAAUGCCCAAUCCUUUUUUCCCCACUUUCAGCUGCUAUGGAGGGCUUGGAAGAUCCUGUCUCAGUAAGUAAAUACUUUUUCUAAAAGCAUUAAUUAGUUUAAUAUUGGCAUUUUCCUGCAUAAAUCCAUCGGAUCGUGAAACUAUGUCCUCUAGUAUGUUACACAAUUUUCUCCACCAGUAGUCUCAGACUCAUCUUUGCAGAUGUAAAAGGUGGAAGCUCUUUCACAGCUGAGUUGGAGGAAUACUCCUUGCCUUCUACUUCCUAGGUAUAACAACAGCAACAACUCUGGAAGAAGAGCAUCACUGGCAGAGCGCAAUUUCCCCCCCGCAAGUUGCGAGAACUAUUAAUCUUUUAUUUUUAUUACUGAGGUGCCCAUGAAAUGCCAAGAUGGGCAAUAAAAAGAGGAAGGUGGAACUGCCUUGCAAGACCUGUGUCAUGGUGAACAGUAUGAGAUUGGAGCUAGAAGUCCUUGCUUUAAAGCUCAAAGAUUGUUGUGGCACCUGAAAUACUCACAGAUGUAUUAUAGCAGAAGCUUUCAUGACCAGUUAUUCUCAGCUCGCAGGUUAUAUACCCUUUGGUGACAAAGGUCAUGAAAUGCAGAAGGUAUGAUAUUUCUGUGCUGUCCUGUAGCUCAGCUGUGACUUUCCUGGGGUUCCUUAAGCAAGCCACUCUCUUAGCUUCAGCCUCAACAAGUGUAAGGAAUGCUUCACAAGAAAAUGUGCUCUGAGCAUGUACAGCAGGAAUGAAGAACUGACAGCUCUCCAGAUGUUGGGACUACAACUCCCUCCGUUCCUAACAAUUGGCCACAUCUGGACAGCCAGAUGUUGCUCAUCCUUCACAAGCAGCAUAAUCCCUGGCAUAUAUAAUCGGAAGUAAUCUCCCCUGAGUUCAGUUGGACUUACUCCCAGGUAAAUGCUUAUAGGAUUUGCAAUCUUAAAACAUAUUAAUGUGAAGUUACAGGGAACCAGGCAGAGGGCGCCUGCCAUGUGGAAUGCCCUCCCAUCAGAUGAAAAGGAGAUAAACAACUACAUGACUAUUAGAAGACAUCUGAAGGCAGCCCUGUAUAAGGAAGUUUAAAACGUUUGAUGUCUCACUGUGUUUUUAUAUUUUGGAUGCUGCCCAAAGUGGCUGGGGCAACCCAGGCAGAUGGGCAGGGUACAAAUUAUAACAUCAUCAUCACUGUUACUAUUACUUUUAUUAUUAUUAUUAUUCACUCAGGCUUUCAAGCAGGUUCUGCCUCCUCACUAAAUACAACUGGUUUCCUUAAACAGAAAAUCUCUUAGGUUUUUUCUUUUUCUUUUUUUACAGUAGCAGCUUGUCUCCUGCUUCAGAUAUCUGACACAAUAGGCCCACAGCAGGCCAUAGACAGCCUGCGAGACUUGAGAGGUUCAGGAGCUAUACAAACCAUAAAGGUAUGAGGGAAGGCCAUGAUGGGCCGGCUUGGUAGUGGGAGGACAAGUUAAAGGGCAACAGCUGACUAAAGGCAGUGUUUUGUUUGGCACUGAAAAUCUUUCCUGGCUUUCUAAGAGUUAAAGAAGGAUAUCAGUGCUGCUGGUGACAGUAUCCAUAAUUCACCAUUUCUGCUCUUGACCACAAGGCCAUAUCAGAAUCCUGCAUUGCCCUUACAGAAAACAGGCUUUCUAGACACGAGAAAAGCGAAAGUGUGGAUAAGCCCUGAAUAUUUACAGAGCAUUAUUAUUAUUAUUGGGUGGAAUUCAACAUUGUGCUCUUCCAGUCAUUCCAUCUGUGCAAGCCUUGCAGCUUCCCAGACGGAACAACCCUUUCCUAUCCUCCCCCAUGUGCUGUUCUGUGGGUUGUUCACUGGACCCCCUUGAAGCCAAUUUCAAGGUGAGGAGAGGGCGGGAAAUCCCUGUUGCACAAGUGGAAGUCCUUGCACCAGGCUUCUGCUGAUGGUGCUGGUUUAGUGAAUCCUACCCAGCAUCUCCCAUUGUCCUCUUAUUCAGGGAGCUUGCCAUUUAAUGGACUGCAAAAAAUCAAGGACAUGUGAGCAGAUUAGGAGGAUCCUGGACCUGGUCUCUCUAAGGAAGUUCAGCUGGGAGGGAGGAGAAAUUGAAAGAGACUCUAGGAACCUGCACUCCCAACAGACAACACUUUGAAGAACCUGAGAAAGGAGGGGGGUCUGCUUGACAGCUAAAAAGUGGAUUGGUCGGGAGUCAGGAGAACUUCCUUUGGGCUUUCAGAAAUCUGUUCUCACAACCACCUUUCACAACUGUCCUCUACUCAUUUUAGCAUCUGUGAUUAGAGAACAGGUGCUGCAGCUUAUCCACUCUGCUUUCCCUUGCAGCAAUACAACUACCUACAUGAUUUUCAAGAGACUCUGGCUGUCCAUCUAGCAACAGAAGGUGCAACAGCAAGAUCAGUAUCACGAUAAACAGCAGCAGUGGAACUGCUUCUUACAUGACCAUGCUGCAAUUGCCUUUGCUUGGUGCAUGCAGGUGAAAAUGCACCUGUCUCCAACAUCUCAUUGGAACUUAAUUAGUCAAGUUAUCCUAGCACUAUCUCCCUGGCAAGCUGCCUGAUGCGAAAUACAACAAAUGUAAGCUCUGAGGGUUCUCUGUGAGCACUAUAAUUUUUUCACAGCAUAAAUUCACAUUUUAAAGGGUAC